UCUCAUGUCAAACAUGGCGCUGUCCUGUUCUAGCCUGUGUAGCCAUUUGUCUUUGAUCCGGCUAUGUGGCCUUAGGACAAACAUAAUAAACAAUGGUGUUUACUCUUCUUAUAUGUCCUGUCAGCCCAGGUUGACCCUGUGUAGGUACUACUCAUCGUCCAAAGCUAGACGAGGCGUUGGUCGAUAUGUCGCCACCAAACUGCAGAAAGCAAAUAGCAAAUAUGAAGCUUUUCUCAAAAAGCGAUUUCCUCGCUUUUUCCAGCUUUACCACACUUUUGUGGAAGUCCUCAUUCCAGGAUUCAAGCUGCUGUAUCAAGAUGCCAAAGCUGUGUGGAGGAUAAAAGCAAAGAUGUCCACUAGUGGAGUGCAGUACAAGGAUUUACCCUACAGGGAGAUGGAGAUGCUUCGACAGUUUCGCAGAGACAUGAUAAAGGCCAUUCCUCUGGUGGUGAUCUCCAUCCCUCCCUUUGCCAACUACCUGGUUUUUGUCUUGAUGUACUUUUUCCCCCGCCAGCUCCUGAUCCCACAUUUCUGGACCCCAAGCCAGCAGGUGGAGUUUAAGGGAGUGUACCAUUCCUUCAGGGCUCAGCAUCACUGGCCAGUGCUCAAAGGGCUUGAAAAUUCGAGCCACCAGAUCAAAGACCGACAGCUUCAGGGUCGACUCAGGGACCUGUGCACCAAAAUCCAAAAUGGUGUGAACCCUAAAGUGUCAGAAAUCCUUGCUGUUCGGAGCUUGUUUUCAGGCCAUCCUCUGGGUGUGAAGAGGAUGAGCACACAGCAGAUGAGACACAUUAGCCCUCUGCUCUUCCUGACACCGCGUCUCCCGGGUUUCGUGGUUGGCCAGCGGCUGAACAGCCACGGCCUGGAGCUGCUGCAGCUGGACCGGGCCCUCAGCAGACUGGGCCCCAACCAGCUGAGUGAGGCUGAACUCAGACAGGCUUGCUAUGUGAGGGGGCUUAACUCUACCAGAAUGGACAUUAACCAGUGCAGGGAGUGGUUAUCCCAGUGGCUCCAGAUGUCCUCCUCAUUGAAAGAAUCCGAGGUGUCCCUGCUUUUGCACAGCAUUGUUCUUCUCUCUGCCAACUACCCGAAGGGUUCCAGCCGACACUGACAGGAAGCCUGCAGCAGUCUGAUUUUGUGUUUUGUCAUCUUUUUUUUGUGCACUGGGCAGCACCACUUCCUAGGAGUUGUCAGCAUCUCCUUUUCUGCCAAAGAAAACCUGUUAGGACUGUUCUUGGCAUGAUUUUGAAGUUCUGGAGAGAAAAAACUGAAAAUUAAGUUCACAAAUUUUCUUUUUGAGAGUUGAAGUGAAACUAUUGUGUCUUUUUCAGGGGUGUGGUGUGAGAUUUGACUUCAUAAUAAGCAGGAAUAGAGAGGUAUAUUUUAGCUUAAAAGGACAGAGCAUUUAGGCUCUCACAAGGGACUUAAACUGGUCAUGAUGCACUGAAUUAUUGUACGUGGUGAUUUGAGGUUAUAUCAUGAUUACCGGUCACUGUAUCUCAAGCACGUCUGUACAGCACAGACUGGUCAUUUGUUUACUUUCAAGCUCAUGCAUUGUUAUUAUACACAGCUACAAAGCUAAGCAGGGAAACAAAGAUUAUUUUAUUUAGUAGGACUGUUCGGACACAUUCCAGUCAUAAAAAUAGCUUUUUAUGUGAACAUGUUUAUUACUUUUUUACGUCUUCAUAUCAAACUGUAUCUCCUCAUACCUUUACCUCACUUUGUGCUCUGCUUUUUACCAUGAAUAAUGCAUGUCAUGACAUAGGUAUCCUGGAAAACAGGGGUUUGACGCAUGGGAGGGAAAAGUUUUUGUCAAAUAUGUAAAGAAAAAAUGGCUAAUGUAGAAAGAAAUGUGAAGGUUUAACAAAAGCACCUUUAAAAGAAGAAAAUGUUGAUAAAGCCCAAAUAGAUUUAGAGAAAAAAACGCCCAAUUAUUACUGAACUGCAAAGACAUUCAUGCUUUCUGUGCGAUGUGAAGCUGGAUUUUAUGUAAUUUGAAAUUAAUUUUGGUGUGCAACUCGGCAUUUACAGGCUGUCUGACGAGAGCUGUGAUGGCACUUUAUCGUUUACUUGAUCUUUUCCUCGUUAACGCUUCGAAUGACAUUCAAUCUAUCUGGUCUGUCCACACUCCUGCACAAAAUUCAUUAUAAACCGUUUGCAUACUUCUGGGUUACACUAUUAGGAACUGGUUGUUCCUUUUGAUGCUGUUUUGGUGUUGUAAAGUGUAAAAUAGGAAAUGUCAUUUGUUCCCUGUGCCUUUUGCAUGGAUGGC